AUGGCGUUCAACGUAUUACAUGGCAGGAGAAACUUCAAGGUCCGAGACGUCCUUGAAAAUGGAAAGUCCCGUAUUGCCAAGAUAACCCAAAUUCAGGCCCCAGUUUUCAAUCUUAUGUCAGACCGUCGAGGCGGCCGUACGGCAUGGUCUAGCACCGUCACAAUUCAGGGCAGAUGCUUCGCUGCCCGCUAUUUCUAUGACGGCCAGAACACCAACAAUGCCAAAGAGGAUGCUGCAGAGGUCGCUCUCACAGCACUCCGUUCCCAGGGCGGUAAUCCCACCACCUCAUUCGCGGGGCAGUUGUACGCACAGAACUCAGUUGCCAAUCAGCCCGCCCGAAGGAACUAA